AUGAAGCAUAUUCAGAGACUCACAGAUUAUCUUGAUAAGAAUUCAGUUACAGUCAGUAAUAGCAGUAGCAGUGAUGAGAAAUUUGAUAACAGUGAUAAUUCUCUUUUCACUUCUCUCACUAAUAUCUCUACUACUGCUGUUGAUUCUUCUCUCUCUUUCUUCUUUAAUCUUCUGACUUCAGUUGAUCCUCUGGCUAUGAGCAGCACUGAAACUCUCAAUAUUCUCAGUGAAAAAUUCGGCGACGGUGUCGGCGACUGGCACGGCGGAACAACCAUAACCCGGUCGUAUAAUAAGCCUACGUUUUUCCGGUAUGGUAGGGCUGAAAGGUCAGGUGACUCGAUAGCUAAUUACCUCUUUGGGAAGCUCUCCGUUCUCUCCACUUCUUGA